AUGCGUCUCAGCGAGACGUACUUCCUUUGGGUCUCUGUCUCUCUUAAUCAGGAGGAAUCUGGGCUAUGUCACUUGUGUGCUGAAGGCUGUGCAGCUCCUCUUGCCAAACUUCUGAGCGUUUUUGAGCAGGAUGGAGGACGUGGUGAACUUCAUGCUGAUGUUUCUGCAUACCCUCGGCAUGAAAUAGAUGAGCAACUGAGUGCUGCUUUACUUGCACUUUCUGAGGACACCAGCAAGAAACUGCUGGUCACCAGGAAGUGCAGCAUUCAUAUUGUAGACACCAUUCACCCUAUGUUUUUGCCCGAUGAAACUAAUGUAAUAUUGACUCUGCCCUCCAACAGCCUUCCAUCACUCUUCAUAACACAACUAGAAAAGGGUCAACAAUUGCAAGUACCUGAAUGUAUGGCAGGAGAUGACUGCUUGAGCAGGCUUGUAUAUUCAUCUGAUAAAAAUCUUAAAGAAGCUGAGGAGCUGGCUAUGAUGAAAAAAGUAUUGGAACCCAAAUUAAUACCAGAAAAUAAUAUUGCUACUCUUCAGAACACUCAACCAAAUGUAAAUUGUCUUGGAGAUGGCAAAAGAACACCUGUUGAUCAGAAUACCCCAAGUGGAGCUGUGCAGAAAGAAGUUGCUUCUUCAUCUGGUAUUGAAGAGGAAAUUCCAGGUGUUGUUGAUGCAGAAAGCAACAAUGCCACUGCAGGUAAUUCCAAACUAGAAACUGCAUCUGUGUUAGGAGAAGACUUAAUGAUGCUCUACAAGAAGUGCUGUUGUCCAGAUAUUAAUAUUUGCAUAGAAGGCAAAGAUUUUCAAGCUCAUAGGGCCAUUUUAUGUGCCAGAUCUAGUUACUUUGCUGCUAUGCUGAGUGGAAGUUGGGCUGAAAGCUCCCAAGAGCACAUCACUCUUCAAGGCAUAAGCCAUGUAGAAAUGAGUGUCAUCUUGCAUUUUAUAUAUGGAGGUAUUCUGGACUUUCCAGACAAAGUUGAUGUUGGUCGCAUGUUGAGCAUUGCAGAUAUGUAUGGGCUAGAUGGGCUGAAAGAAGUAGCUAUCUACAUUUUGAAAAGAGAUUACUGCAAUUUUUUCCAAAAGCCUGUUCCCGGAAAACAGCAACCUGUGCUAGAAUGCAUGGCUAUUGCUCAUUCAUUGGGAGUGGAAAACCUAUAUGCUGCUUGCAUGAAAUGGGUAGGAAAACAUUUUGCAAAAUGUUUGUCAGAGAGAAGCUUUGCCAGUUUACCUACUGAACUUCAGAACAACUGUCUUGUUAUGUUGAUUAACUCUUUGAACCACAAGAAUGCUGCUUUCCUUUUGAUGGAGAGUGACCGGCUGAUCAAUAGUCUUCCCCAAGUGAAAUGGACUGAGACAGCUGUGGCCUUGGCAUCUAGGCUACAAGAAGAAUGUGUAACAUUUAUUGUGGCAAACUUCCUACAUGUAGUACAAAGUGAAGGCUUCUCUAUUUUGUUGCAGGCACAGGCAAUGAGCAGCGAACCUGACCUUCUAGAACUAAUUUUUAAUGCAAUUGAAAAAAGUAUUAAUAAUGAAAAUAGCUGCUUUCUUCUUGUAGCUGUGGAUACAUUGUUGGACUCCGCAAAUGUGAAGGAGAUGGGUUUUACGUGCAAGAUCCAGGCUCUGCGUGAUAAGCUCUGGGUCUUCCUGGUUCAGUCUUUUUAUGCUGUUCGUCACACAGAAAGCUGGAAGCUGAUGAGGCCAGACCAUCAACAUAAAAUACAAGCAGCUGCAUUUGACAAGGGUGAUGACCGAAGACUGGGCAAAAAACCUGUAUUCACUAGUUCUCAGCUAAACAAAUCUAUUACUGAAUCUGUUGGUAUAAAGAAUACUUCCUGGACAGAACACGGCAAGAAAGAUUGCUGGGGAGAUUCUUCCACUAAUCGGGAUAAAAUGAAAUCUGAUGGAUUAGGAGCAUCUGGACAUACAUCCAGCACCAAUAGAAACACUGUUAAUAAGGCUUCAAAGCAUGAGGAUGUAAAGGGGAAAGAUGGCAAAAAGCUAGCUUCCAAGAUUACUAAGGAUUCAAAACCUGGGGAAAAAGCUGCUUCACCAAAGGCUAGAGCUGUUAUAAAGACAAAAAUAGAAAAUAACGGAAAUGCGAAGGCUGAAAGCAUGCUUACCAAGCAAGAUAUAGAAAAGACAUCAUCUGCAAGUGGACAAAAAAAUUCAGCAAGUGGCAAAGGACUAAAGAACCAUGACGGAAAAAUUGCAGGUGCCAGACCUAAAGUGCUGACAGUAACCUCAAGCGUGCAGAUCAAAACAAAACCAUUGAAAAAAACCACAGGGAAGGAAUCUCCCUCCUUAGUGACUGUGGCAGGAACUUCCAGCAAGUCAGCAAACUCAAACAUAGAUAUCCAGACUGCCAGUGAACAGACAGAGGAACCCAAAGAGGAUAAAUUGGUAGAGGAAGGGAAAAAACAGACUGUAAAAACAAAGUCAUCUGUGAAGACAUCAAAUGGAGUCACCAACAAAAAAAAAAAGACUGAGCUUGAGGCUAAUGUCACAACAAGCAGUCUGACAAAAAAAUCAACUGGAAAAGGGUGUAAUGAACAAAAUGGACAAGCUGUUCUAAAGAAAAAAGGGAAUGUGAGUAGCAAUUCUGCAGCACAGCAAAAGGCUCAAAACACACCUACCAGUUCUCCCAAGAACCAAGGACCUAUGGGGGAAUCGCCAAAUUCACUGAAAUCAGGAAUGUCUCCAAAACAUAACGAAGAAAAAAAUGUGUUACAACAUCUGGUUCAGACAACACUCCCAGAAAAACAACCUUCAGCCAAGAAGAGGAGUGUUAAGCAGUUGCAAACACCUGUAGCGAAAGCCACUGCAAAAAUAACACCUAAAACCCUGGCUCAAUCAAAGCAUGCAGAGAUUAUGAAUAACAAAGACCCAAAACCAAAAACGGUUGGGCAAUCUGUAUUAAAAUCUCAGUCUUCUGCCCAAAAACAUUCAAGGAGUGAAUCUCCUGUGGUCCAGAAGAAUGUGCACACUUCUGAGCACAGAAGUUCAGGACAGAAACUGGAAAAAAACAUGGCUGAUGCAGUGGCAGGUCAGCUUCAUGACAGUAAUGAAUGCUAUUCUGCAAAGCAAAGUGAAUCUUUAAAAUCUGUGAUGGAAAGUACCAGCAAAGAUAAACUGCUGGCAUCCUGUCAACCCAAUAAACAAAAAUUGUCAGAUCCUUCUGAAAAUGUGGAAUACAAAAUACAAGCUGAAUCUUCUUCUGUAAUUACAGAAGAAACUGUUUCUAAGCUGCACAUUUCACUGCAAAAUGAAAUGGAAGCAAGACAAAUCUCUGGAGAUCAGACUGAAAUUAAACAGAUUAAAGAUAUAGAGAAAGACAGUAAUACAAGUGAAUUUCACAGUCAUGCAGUGUCUUCCAGUGAUGGUUACUCAGACUUUUCCAAGGAAACAAAUCAAAAGGCUCCUGCUUCAGGAGAACUGGUGAAACAUUCAAAACCAACAAAAGUCUGUACUGAGCAAAGUCAUAAAUUAAACUCCGAAACAGGUCUUAACUAUGGUCAAAGUGCUUUACCAAGCUUUUCCAGGACGAUAACCAAUAAAGAGGAUGAGACAUCAUCUCCUCAGAUUCCUAUGGAGGGAUUUCUUACAGCUGAUGAGCUGUGUGAUACAUCAGCCUUGACUGAAUACAAAUCAGUUACAGCAGAUUUAGAUGAUGUUUCAGAAUGUUCCACAGAACAAAUAACAGAAAAAUGUUCACCUAGUUACACAGAGCCUAUAGAUCCUACAGAAAUGCCAGAAAACCACGAAAAUGCAGAAAUUCCCUUCGUGGACCACUGGAAUACUGGUGCACUAGAUCCAAAAGAGAGUCCUGAAUCAGAUACUGGCAGUGCAACCACGUCCUCCGAUGAUAUAAAACCAAGAUCAGAAGAUUAUGAUGCUGGAGGCUCUCAGGAUGAUGAAGGAUCCAAUGAAAGAGGGAUUUCUAAAUGCAGCACUAUGUUAUGCCACGAUUUUCUUGGAAGAAGCAGCAGUGACACAAGUACACCUGAGGAGUUAAAAAUUUAUGACAGCAGCCUAAGAAUAGAAGUGAAGAUGAAAAAAGAGGGUUCUGAUCUCUUCCGUGUUAACUCAACAAGUGACGAUGAAAUACCAAGAAAAAGACCUGAAAUUUGGUCCCAUCAAGAAACUGCAAGGACCAAUACCAGAGAAAGCAAAAGUUCCACUUUUGGUAAUGCACAGUUUACUCAGGAAGCAGACCAAGUUUCUUCUUCUGCUGAUGAAACAGAAGAUGACAGAUCUGAAGCAGAGAAUGUUGCAAAAAACUUUCCUCCAGCAAAUGUUCCUACUCAACAGUUCCAAGGAAUUGAUAAUUUAGCUUUUGAAGAUGCAACAGAAAAUGAUACUGCAAGUCAAGAAUUUUCUAAAACUAAAAAUUUCAAACGAUCUGUUUUACUUUCAGUAGAUGAAUGCGAAGAAUUAGGAUCUGACGAUAGAGUGGAAACUCAUACUUCAUGUCAGCAUUCAACAGAUUCUCUUACUCCUUCAGAAGUAUUUGAGAGUGUUUCUCAAGAGCAUCAUGGAAAGACUUUUUAUUCAAGAUACUCACUAGAAAUUGAAGAUAGAUUCCUGGAUUGCAAACAGCAUAAGGAUAGAGACAAUAGAUCAGAUAAAAGUGAAAGUUCUCUCCUACAUCUUCAUGGCACUGAAAUCCCAGGGAAGGAGAAUCAGGGUGCUUCAAUGACUGAACAAAAUUGCCCAGAAAAAGUAUAUUCAGCAGCUAGUCUGUGUCCAAAAGAAAAAGUAAAUAUGAAGAAUGAGGUGCCUAGUGAAUUUCACCAGUGCAAUAAAUACUUAGACAACGAUGCAAAAUCUCAAGAAAGACCAUGUCAUUUGGAUCUUCAUCAGAGAGAAACUAAUUCUGAUGUCCAAAAGAGCAGCUCUGCGAAACCUGUAGAAGCCAGUAAGAAUCAGAUACUGACUCAGGAAGGUCAAGUGACAGACAGUCAACCAGAAACUACUGAAUGCGCUAAUACUGAUUUACUUCCAGGAGACAUAGAUGAUUAUGACACAAUGGCACAAACCUGCAUGUAUGAGCAUCGGCCUUCAAAAACCCUUUCUCCAAUAUAUGAGAUGGAUGUUGGAGAAGCAAUUGAGCAGAGGAUGGAUUCAGAAACAGCAGUUCUAGAUGUGGAUUUUGAAGAUCAGCAGUUUGCAGAACAGGACUGGACUCUUCUCAGGCAAUUGUUAUCUGAGCAGGACUCAAAUAUAGGUUUCAAAAACUCUGUUCCUGAAGACCUUAACUUAGCACAAUGUCUUAUCAAUCAGACACUGUUUCUGGCACGAGAUGGUUCGAAUCCUCAGGGUACAUCACAAGUUGACACAUUCAGUAGAUGGACUGAACUAAUGUCUCCACUCGAUGACUCUUCAGCAAGCAUUACAGUGGCAAGCUUUUCAUCUGAAGACUGUUCAUCCCCUCAAGGGGAAUGGACAAUUCUUGAACUGGAAACCCAUCAUUAA